AUGCGACGAGAUACCACAAAGAAACUUCUUCUGAAAAACCUGACCCAAUUACAAGAACUCGCCCUUUCUGGGAUAAAUAUAUCUUCUGGUUUACUUGAUUCAAUUGGCUAUCUCAAGUCUUUGAAAUUCUUGGAUCUCACCUGGACGGGUUUAUCUGGAAAACUACCUGACUCAAUUGGUUAUCUCAAGUCUUUGAAUUACUUGUCUGUCGGAGGUUGCAAAUUACGAGGUUCCAUUCCUAAAUCUCUAGGGAACCUUACGCAGAUCUAUGUACUAGGUUUAGCAGAAAAUAGUUUUACCGGUGAAGUCCCAUCUACUCUCUCAAAUCUCAAGCAACUUAUUGCGUUAGAUCUUUCCGACAACAACUUCCAAGGUAGAAUUCCCGUUCUUGCUAAGCUCAUAAACCUGGAGGAAUUAGCUCUAGAGGAUAACAAUUUCAUUGGUGGAUUUCCGCUUUGGGUUGCAAACUUGAAGCCACUUGUUUCUUUAAGCAUGUAUAGUAAUCAGCUCGCAGGUCCCAUCCCCUUCAAUUUAAGUGGUCUUCAAAACCUAGAAUUUCUCUACAUAGAGAGUAACUCUUUCAGUGGGGUAAUACCUCCAUUGUUGUUUACUCUUCCGUCAUUGCUAUAUAUAAGCUUGAGUUUCAAUCAUUUAACUGGUCAAAUUCCUGAAUUCCAGCAUCAUUUACCAUUGUUCUCCAUUGACUUGAGUGACAAUAAACUUCGUGGCCCCAUUCCACAGUCAAUUUCAACUCUUGUAAAUCUGACCAGUCUCUCUCUUGCAUCAAAUGAUCUGAGCGGUGUUGUGGAUCUGCAAAUACUAAAAAAUAUUGAGGAACUUUCUCUUUCCAACACUAAUCUAUCGGUGGUCGCUAGAAGCAAUGUCAACAAUACCCUUCCCAACCUUAGGAUUUUCCGUAUGUCCUCUUGCAACAUCGAGGUGUUCCCUUAUUUCUUAAGAGCCUCAGAGAAUCUUGAAAAGCUAGAUCUUUCUCAAAACAAAAUUCAUGGACAGAUUCCAAAUUGGGUUGGGUUUAUCGGAAAGGCUUCAUUGGGGAAUUUGAAUCUUUCACACAACUUUCUAACAGACAUAAAGCAACUUCCUUGGGAGAAACUAGAUACUCUUGAUCUUCGUUCCAAUUUGCUUCAAGGACCACUUCCCAUUCCACCCCCGCUCAUACGAAACUUUUUCAUCUCAAACAACAGUCUUAGUGGAGAGAUUCCUUCAUUGAUUUGCAAUGCGAGUUCUAUUGAGAUUCUUGAUUUGUCUCACAACAAAUUGGGCGGUGUGGUUCCACAAUGUUUGGAAAAUUUUAGUAGUGUUCUCUCGGUUUUGAAUCUGCGCUCCAAUGGAUUUACGGGAACCAUUCCCUUGGCAUUUGCAAAGCCCAACCUAUUACGAAGUCUCGAUUUGAGUGGAAAUCAAUUUGAAGGACCACUGCCAAGAUCUUUGGCAAAUUGUACAAGCUUGGAAGUUCUAAACGUCGGAAACAACAAGAUUGAUGACACAUUUCCAAAUUGGUUGGAGACUCUCCCUGAGUUACAGGUUCUUGUUGCACGAUCCAACCGAUUUCAUGGUCCCAUAAAUAGUUCGCAGAGUAAAUUUUCUUUUCCUAAGCUUCGAGUCGUUGACCUAUCCUACAAUGAGUUCACUGGCCAUUUGCCAGGGAGAUACUUCGAAUAUUUUCAAGCAAUGAAGAACAAUACCAAGCCUUACAGACAAUACAUGAGUGAUUUUGGGAGUAGCUAUCAUGAUUCUAUCGUAUUGACAAUAAAGGGGCAUGAAAUGGAACUGGUGAGAAUUUUGACUAUCUUCACAACAAUCGACUUUUCAUCCAACAAUUUCAGUGGAGAGAUUCCAAAUGUCGUUGGAAAGCUCAAUUCCCUCAUAUUGCUUAAUUUUUCUCAUAAUAGUCUUACUAGUUAUAUUCCAACAUCUUUGGGGAACUUGACCAACCUUGAAUCAUUAGACAUGUCUUUUAACCAACUCACGGGGAAAAUUCCAAGCCGAUUAACAAGUUUGACGUUUCUUGCGAUCUUGAACCUUUCGUGGAACCAUCUCCAUGGGCCCAUACCCAAGGGUAAACAAUUUGCUACAUUUGAGAAUGGUUCAUAUGCCGGGAACUCAGGAUUAUGUGGGUUUCCAUUGUCGAAGGAAUGUGAAGAUAAUCGAACAAAAGUACAGAUGCCGGUGUUACAACAUGAGGAAGAUGAUUCCGAUUUUGAUGGAUUUUUUUGGAAAGUUGUGGUGAUAGGGUACGGGUGUGGAAUGACACUGGAACUCUUUCUAGGAUCUCUCAUGUUCUUAAUUGGUAGACCUAGAUUCUUUGUCAAACUUGCUGAAAGAAAAUUGCCUAAGAAGGUGAUACGAUUGAGGAGAAGGGUUGCGGACACAGUGGCUAGAAGAAACUAG